AGACAAAACGAGCUACGUGUCAGGGGGAAAGAAAAGGAGACUCAGCUAAAGACGAGCUCACCUGUCCGCGCUAUCUGAGGUGCUCUCACCCGUCGUGGGGAACUUGUCCUGUAUCACGGCAUCACAAUAAGUACCCGAGCUACUGUCCGGCGACGAUGUUGACAAAAUUUGAGACGAAGUCGGCCCGUGUGAAAGGCCUGAGUUUCCAUCCCAAGAGGCCGUGGGUGCUUGCAAGUUUGCACAACGGAGUCAUCCAGCUGUGGGACUAUCGGAUGUGCACGCUGAUCGAUAAGUUUGAUGAGCAUGACGGCCCCGUCAGAGGUAUUGAUUUCCACAAGCAGCAGCCUCUGUUUGUGUCUGGUGGAGAUGACUACAAAAUCAAGGUGUGGAACUAUAAGCUGAGACGCUGCCUCUUCACUCUCCUUGGACACCUCGACUACAUCAGAACCACCUUCUUCCACCAUGAUUACCCGUGGAUUCUGAGCGCCUCAGAUGAUCAAACUAUUCGCAUCUGGAACUGGCAGUCCAGAACUUGUGUCUGUGUGCUGACCGGCCAUAACCACUAUGUGAUGUGCGCCCAGUUCCACCCAUCUGAGGACCUGGUGGUGUCCGCCAGUCUGGACCAGACCGUGCGAGUGUGGGAUAUUUCCGGUCUGAGGAAGAAGAACCUGUCUCCAGGCGCCGUGGAGACGGAGGUGCGCGGCAUCUCUGGCGUUGACUUGUUCGGUGCCUCGGAUGCUGUUGUCAAGCAUGUCCUCGAGGGUCACGACCGGGGGGUCAACUGGGCUGCCUUCCACCCCAGCAUGCCUCUCAUAGUGUCUGGAGCCGAUGACAGGCAGGUUAAGAUCUGGAGAAUGAAUGAAUCGAAGGCAUGGGAGCUGGAUACGUGCCGCGGUCACUACAACAACGUGUCCUGUGCCGUCUUCCACCCGCGCCAGGAGCUCAUCCUUUCCAACUCUGAGGACAAGAGCAUCCGGGUGUGGGAUAUGUCCAAGAGGACCGGAGUGCAGACCUUCCGCAGGGACCAUGAUCGUUUCUGGGUGCUGGGGGCUCACCCAAACCUCAACCUGUUUGCUGCUGGUCAUGACAGCGGCAUGAUUGUGUUCAAGCUGGAGCGCGAGCGUCCAGCAUACGCCGUGCACGGCAACAUGCUAUACUACGUCAAGGACCGCUUCCUCCGUCAGCUGGACUUCAACAGCAGCAAGGACACCGCCGUCAUGCAGCUCCGCAGUGGGUCUAAGUUCCCAGUGUUCAGCAUGUCUUACAACCCUGCCGAGAACGCUGUCCUGCUCUGCACUAGGGCAACCAACCUGGAGAACAGCACCUAUGACCUGUACUCUAUUCCCAAAGAAAGUGACUCUCAGAACCCUGAUGCACCUGAAGGGAAGAGGUCCUCUGGUCUCACUGCAGUCUGGGUGGCCAGGAACAGAUUUGCUGUCCUGGACCGCAUGCACUCUCUGCUGAUUAAGAACCUGAAGAAUGAAAUUGUGAAGAAAGUUCAGGUGCCGAGCUGCGAGGAAAUCUUCUACGCCGGGACGGGCUCACUGCUGCUGCGCGAUGCUGAUGGCGUCACGCUGUUUGAUGUGCAGCAGAAACGCUCUCUGGCCACUGUGAAGAUCGGCAAGGUCAAGUACGUGGUGUGGAGUGCCGACACCAGCCACGUGGCUCUGCUGGCUAAACAUGCCAUCAUGAUCUGCAACCGUAAGCUGGAGAGUCUGUGCAACAUUCAUGAGAACAUCAGAGUGAAGAGUGGAGCCUGGGACGAGAGUGGAGUCUUCAUCUACACCACCUCCAACCACAUCAAAUACGCCCUCACCUCUGGUGAUCAUGGCAUCAUCAGGACCCUGGACCUGCCCAUCUAUGUGACCCGUGUGAGAGGAAACAGUGUUUAUUGCCUGGACAGGGAGUGCCGGCCGCGUGUCCUCACCAUCGACCCCACAGAGUACCGCUUCAAGCUGGCCCUGGUCAACCGCAAAUAUGAUGAGGUGCUCCACAUGGUGCGUAAUGCCAAGCUGGUGGGUCAGUCCAUUAUUGCCUACCUGCAGAAGAAGGGCUACCCUGAGGUGGCUCUGCACUUUGUCAAAGAUGAGAAGACGCGCUUUAGUCUGGCUCUAGAGUGUGGAAACAUUGAGGUGGCUCUGGAGGCCGCCAAGGCCCUGGAUGAGCGCAGCUGCUGGGAGCGUUUGGGUGAAGCAGCACUGCUGCAGGGUCACCACCAGGUCGUGGAAAUGUGCUACCAGAGGACCAAGAACUUUGACAAGCUCACCUUCCUCUACCUCAUCACUGGCAACCUGGCUAAACUGCGCAAGAUGAUGAAGAUCGCUGAGAUCAGGAAGGACAUGAGCGGUCACUACCAGGCAGCUCUCUACCUGGGCGAUGUCAGUGAGAGGGUCCGCAUCCUGAAGAACUGUGGACAGAAGUCUCUGGCUUACCUGACUGCAGCCACUCAUGGGCUGGAUGAAGAGGCUGAGGCGCUGAAGGAGACCUUUGACCCAGAAAAGGAGACGGUGCCAGAGGUUGAUCCCAAUGCCCAGCUGCUGCAACCUUCUCCACCCAUCAACCCUCUGGACACUAACUGGCCUCUGCUCACUGUAUCAAAGGGCUUCUUUGAGGGAGCCAUUGCAGCGAAGGGGAAGGCAGGUCAGAUGGCUGCCGACCAGGACAUGGAUGCCCCAGGAGGCGAGGGCUGGGGAGACGAUGCUGAGCUACAGCUGGAUGAAGAUGGCUUCAUGGAGGCCCAGGAAACAUUUGGGGAGGAAGGAGCUGUGAAAGAGGAAGGAGGAGGCUGGGAUGUGGAAGAAGACCUGGACCUUCCUCCAGAGCUGGACAUACCGGCUGGUGGAGGUGGAGGAGCAGAGGACGGCUUCUUCGUCCCACCCACCAAGGGCAUGAGUCCUACGCAGAUGUGGUGCAACAACUCCCAGCUGCCAGUCGACCACAUCCUGGCUGGCUCUUACGAAACUGCGAUGAGAUUGCUUCACGACCAGGUGGGAGUUGUGAGCUUCGAACCCUACAAGUCGCUGUUCAUGCAGACGCUGUCCAGAGGCCGCACCUGUUACCUGGGGCUGCCUUCCCUUCCCUGCCUGCGCAGCCAUCCCCAGAGGAACUGGAAGGACUGUGGGGCAAAGCAAGGACUUCCUGCUGUGGGCCUGCGCCUCUCUGACCUCAUCGCCCGCCUGCAGCAGUGCUACCAGCUGACCACGGCCGGGCGGUUUGAGGAAGCUGUAGAGCGCUUCAGGGCCAUCCUGCUGUCUGUUCCUCUGCUGGUGGUUGACAACAAGCAGGAGAUUGCAGAGGCUCAGCAGCUGAUCACAAUUUGCAGAGAGUACAUCGUGGGAUUGACCAUGGAGACCGAAAGGAAGAAGUUGCCUAAAGACACACUGGAAGAGCAGAAGAGGCUGUGUGAGAUGGCUGCUUAUUUCACCCACUGUAAUCUCCAACCAGUCCACAUGGUGCUGGUGUUGCGCACAGCUCUGAACCUCUUCUUCAAACUGCGCAACUUCAAGAUGGCUGCAGGCUUUGCGCGACGCCUGCUCGAGCUGGGGCCAAAUCCAAACGUCGCACAGCAGACCCGCAAGAUUUUGGCAGCCUGUGAGAAGACCCUGACAGAUGCCCACCAGUUGAACUACGACCCCCACAAUCCAUUUGACCUGUGCGCCGCCUCCUUCGUCCCUCUGUACCGUGGACGCCCUGUUGAGAAGUGCCCUCUGUCUGGAGCCUGCUACUGCCCAACCUACAAAGGCCAGAUCUGCAGGGUCACACAGGUGACGGAGAUCGGGAAGGAUGUGAUCGGUCUGCGUGUGAGUCCACUUCAGUUCCGUUAAGAGGAGAAGAGGUGAAGAUGACGAGACCAAGAGAAAGAGAACAAUCUGUUCGGAGAAACACAUCCACACUUACUCUGUAGAAAUAAUACAAUUAUUAACACGACAAAUGAAAAGAUCUAUAUGUUUGCUCACCGUGAUGUUGAACCUCUUUAAUCCUUUCUAACUAUCUUUAUUCCCCAUACAUCACCUAUCCUGCAAAAAAAAAAAAGCUUUUUCUCGUCAGUGCUGCUGCGUCAUCUUUGUGCUGUGGCUUUAUUAGAGCUGUAAACCUGAAAUGAUGUCUCUUUUCUGACUUGUAUGAGAUGAAUAAUUCAAAGUUAGCAGCACUGCUCUGUGUAUCUGGAGGAGGAGGAAGAGGAGGAGGAGGGAAGAAGGAAAUAAUAAAAUGGCUGUUUAUCAAAGGAAA